AUGACUGACGCCAAGAACCACCUCCCCCUUACCCGCGCCAACAUCUCCAAAGCCCACGAAAUCAUAAAACCAUACAUCCACCGCACCCCGCUCCUCACCAACACGACUCUCAACACAAUCGCCUCAACGCCACAAUCCGUGUCUGAUCUAGUCGGAACACCAUGGGAAGGUACUGAGACAAGGCCUGCGAAUCCAACGAUUAGGUUUUGGUUCAAGUGCGAGAAUUUGCAGAGGAUAGGCGCGUUCAAGGCUCGGGGCGCGUUUCAUGCGCUGAUUAGAGUUAUUGAUGAGUUGGGGGAGGAGGAGGUUAGGAGGAGGGGGGUUGUGACGCAUAGUUCUGGUAAUCAUGCACAAGCCCUCGCCCUCGCAGGCAAAACGUUGAACAUCCCCGCGCACAUCGUCAUGCCAUCGAUAAGCACACCGAGCAAAAUCGCAUCAACCCAAUCACUCGGCGCAAAUGUCGUUUUUUCGGGCAGCACGGAACCGGAACGCACGGCUGUUAUGAAGGAGAUUCAGGAAAAGACGGGUGCUAUUUUCGUGCCGCCCUAUGAUCAUCCGGAUAUUAUACUCGGGCAGGGCACGACGGGUUUGGAGAUCGAGGCGCAGUUUGAGGAAGCACAGCAAGGGAAAAAAGCGUUAGAUGCGGUUUUCACGCCGAUUGGAGGUGGAGGGUUGAACGCUGGUGUUGCGACGUGGUUUUCGGAAGCCGCGAAAGUAGGAGCAAAGAAGACGCUGGUGUUUGGCGCUGAGCCCUCCUUUGAAGGUGCGGAUGAUUGUAGGCGAGGUCUGGCGGCUGGCGAGCGUGUGUCGGCUGUGUCGUCAAAGACUAUAGCAGAUGGACUUAGAACGCCUGUGGGAUUGAAUAAUUGGGCUGUUAUAUCAGACCCCAGCAAAGUGGCCGGUGUGUAUAGCGUGACAGACGAUCAGAUCAAGAAAGCUAUGAGAUUGGUGUUGGAGAGGAUGAAGGUGGUUGUUGAGCCCAGUGCUGUGGUUGGGUUGGCGGUAUGUUUGUUUGAUGAGGACUUUAGACGGAAGGCUGAAAAGGAGGGUGGUGAUGAGGGGUGGGAUAUUGGGAUUGUGUUUAGUGGUGGGAAUACGACUGUUGAGGCUAUUGCGGCUCUGUUUGGGUCGAAGUAG